GUGGUCAAUAUGGCUUAAAAAGGGACACCAUUAGUUAGUAUGAACACAAACACAAAGACUUCUGAGAAGUUUCUCAUUACCAUUUUCUCUCGACUGGCUCUCCUAUUUCAAAUAUUAUGGAGUAUGACGACUAUGAGUGCUACGAGAACCCUAAUUCGAAAGGGUUGAUAAUCUCCAUCACUCAAUAUAGAAAUCUCGAAAAAUAUGAUGACAGAUCCGAGCAGCUCCUCCACCGCAAAUGGAAACAGGAAGAAGAGAUCAGUCUCUUCAGAGGAAGAAGCUGAUCAAGAUGGCUCAAAGAGACGUUGUCCAAACUCAUCUCCUCUUCCAACUGCAGGUUCUGCACAUGAAAGUAGCAAAGCUAGGGAUUUGAUUCAAGAAUUAUAUGAGAGUUUCAUAAUUGGAAAGGUGAAAGAAUUGAAGAGGAUGAUGGCACAUAGCAUCAAUAACUCUCAAAGUGGUGAAGAUGAGGCUCGAGCUAAAGAAAUAGUUGAUGCUUUGAUUAAGGAAAAAAGAGCAGAAUGGGAAAGUGAAUUUCGACAAUUAUUAAUGAAUGAAUUUGAUGGGAUUGCAAACGCUCAACUUAAACCUCUUCCAUCAACACCAAGGAAAUACAAAUUACGUUUUUGGUAUGAAAUUAUGGACACCAUGUACCAUGGCGAUAAGAUAAAAUCUAGUACAGAUAAUCAGGUAUUGAAAUUUGAAAUUUGUGAUGCCUACUCCAACACUGUCAUCACCAACGAACCAAUAUCCUUUGCUAUGGUCGAACUCUUCCUCAAAGAAAAAGGGUCUGAAACUCCUAUUUCAAGAGAAAAAACAAUGGACUUGAUCUCUUUUGAUCAUCUCCAAUUUCGCCUACAACAUGGAAUUGGCUAUGUCGAAGGUCUUGCUGUCAAGUCCAGCAAAUAUUGGAAAUCUAAUGAUUUUGUUUUGGGAGUCAAAGUUAUUGAUGAACAGAUUUUGGAGAAGAUUGGUACGAUUGAAGAGGCCUGUUCUGGACCCUUUAGAGUUCUGCAUAAACGAUCCAAAGGGAAUAAAAAGCAUUUCCCCCCAACUAAGGGAUGUGAAAUAUGGCGAUUAGUUGGGGUAAGGAAAAAUGGUGUAUAUCACAGAAUCUUAUCUUCAGAAGAACUAGGCAUCGAAACUGUGGGAGUUUUCUUGUGGAAAUAUCAUGAAAUGAGUUCUCCAACUUUGGAAGAGUUUCUUAAAAGGAGUAUGUCCAAGCUAGAUGAGUGGGAUGACAUUGUUAAGCAUGCAAAGACAUGUGUUGGUUAUGAUCCAGCUGAUUAUGAUCAAACAGAUCACAAUAAUAAUAAUUUGAUGGGAGCUGGUCUGCAAGUUAAUAAUCACCAAAGUCAAAUCGUUGAGAACAAUAAUGAUAAUUUGGUGGGAACUGAGCAACUCGCUAAUGCCAAUGAGAGUUUGGGAGUUCUUAAUGACCAAAAUCAAAGCGUUGUUCAAGUUAAUUUCGAUCAGAAUUUGGUAGUUGCUAAUUAUUACCAAAAUGAAAGCUUUGAUCAGGAUUCACAAGUAGGUCAGAAUGAACUUCCAAGAAUAGACUCUCCUGAUCAACAAUGGUUUUGUGACAACAUAAACUUAGAUCUUGAUUCACCAUCUAAUCAUUGGGCAACACAAAUGAUAUUGGACUCCCCAGAUCCAUAUGGAAUAGAUUACAGAGUCGAGCAAAGUCCAGAACUUUGACCAUGACAGAAGCUUCUCCUUCAAUUCACAACUAAUUUUGGUCUUUUAAAGAUAUUGCCAAAGAAAAAUUUAGCUUGAUUGAUAGUCUCUUUAAUUUUUCUUUAUUAUCCUCUCUUUAAUUGGUUGCUUUGCAUUGCAUGGAUUGUUAUGUUAUUUAACUUUAUUAUUGGAUCCUUUUUCUCAACUACUUGUUGAGGAAUUGUGGUGAGUGAAAAAAAAAUAUUUGCAAAUCUCUAAAAGUUUAUUUGUUUGUUUUA